GAUGAAUAACGAUUUCUCCACCUUCACCUUCAACGCCACCAAUGAUCCUCCAUACUUCACUUGGUUCGAGACGAGCUUCCAGCACUACAUCUUUCGCCUCGGGCACGAUGGAAAGAUCAGGGUGAAGCGGAUGGAUGGACACGGAAACUGGUUCACCCCCUGGGCCGUCCCGGCUAACAUCUGCGACGUGACUUCUCUCUGCGGAUCAAACUCGGUUUGCUCGAGCAACUCGAAUCCACCCUGUAGUUGUCCCACCGGAUCGAGCCCGAGCAACGACACCAACUGGAGAACCGAGGACUGGGCCGAAGGCUGCACCGCUCUCUCGAGCCAAGCACGGAGAAGUUCUUCCAAGAACUCGGGAGUUGCCAUCGGAGUCGGAGCCGGAGCUGGUGUCGUGCUGCUGCUGCUGGCUGGAGUAGCGGCGUUUGUGAUCGUCAGGAGAAGACGCAAGGCAAAGAGAGUGAGCAGCAGUGAUGAUAACUUUGUUAAUGGCGAGCUCGCUCAUUUCACGUUCAAGCAGCUCCAUGCGGCCACCGAUGGCUUCAGGAAGCAGCUCGGCAGUGGAGGCUUUGGAGAAGUCUUCAAAGGCAGCAUCCAAGGCGAGGCCGUGGCUGUCAAGAGGCUGAUGAGGUUCGAUGACAAGCAAUUUCGAGCGGAGGUGAGCACCAUCGGCACCAUCCAGCACAUAAACCUCGUCCGUCUUCGAGGAUUCUGUGCGGAUGGGGCACUGCAGAGGCUCCUGGUGUACGAGUUCGUCGAGAGAGGAUCGCUGGACAGGAGCCUCUUCAACCGAGAUGCUGAAAACUCUAUCGUGCUCAGCUGGAGCCAAAGGUUCAGAAUUGCUCUCGGGACUGCCAAAGGACUUGCAUAUCUUCACGAGGAGUGUCGAGACCGGAUCAUCCACUGCGAUAUCAAGCCCGAGAACAUUCUCCUGGACGCUGAGAUGAAACCGAAAGUCGCCGACUUUGGCCUGGCCAAGCUUAUGGGACGAGAGUUCAGCCGAGUUGUGACGAGCAUGAGAGGAACCCGCGGCUACCUUGCACCAGAGUGGCUGUCAAACAUGCCCAUCACCGCCAAAGCCGACGUCUACAGCUACGGGAUGACGCUGCUGGAGAUCAUCAGUGGUCGUAGGAACAUGAACGUCCAGAGCAACCGAACUUUCUAUCCAUUCUCGGCUGCUCAGAAAGUUCGCAACGGUGAGUUCGCGAAGUUGCCAGAUGAUCGUCUUGAAGAGUGGGAUGAAGACGAGCUACGCCGGGCUGCCAAGACUGCUAUCUGGUGCGUGCAGGACGACGAGAUCAACCGGCCCAGCAUGAAAACCGUGGUGCAAAUGCUCGAAGGAAGUGCUACUGACUUCCCAGACCCAGUGAUCCCGAGCUCGUUUGAGAUCUGGCUUGAGAUUAAAGAGGAAAGUGGUUGACAUGAGCACCAAAGAAUGGAGAACACUCACAGCGCAUUCUUUCGGGAUACACCGGCCUGUUUCUGUUCGAAAAUGUGAGUUGUCUACUUAUCGUGCUUGGUACUCGCCAGCUAAAUUUUAUUUGAACUCCGGGAAAGACACCCAUCUCCCUC